UCACCGUUCUCAGUUCCUUGGGAACCUUGGACGGCUAUUGCACGCGCAAUUGGUCGUUGAACCGCCUCGGACCUGACUCGGAUAGCGCCAUUGAUUGGCCGAACGAUCAGCCACGCACCUUGCCAGAUCUCCACACGGGGCAUUGUCCCAUGGGGCGGAGACGAACUUGCCUGCAUCUCCCCGCAAACUUAACGGGACUUGCCUAAUCUCGGUGCUUGCCGGUCGUGUGGUUUCCCCCUUCCAGACCAAUCCACCUACUGAGCCGCCAUCAUGAUUCGGUUGCCGAGGCCGGCCUCUUCAGUUUGAGCGACCAUACGCACGACAUAUACACAUAUAAGCUGAGCCACUUUCCGCAUCCUGAGUACGAUCCACUCACGCUCAGCGUGCGCAUCAGAGGGUACAUCCUCCAGACUCUAACUCGAAGAGGUGCUCAGCAUCAUCUUGGUCUUCUACCGUCUUCACCAUGUCUGGGCUUGACGACAAGACCGCUGGUCAUUUGGCCGAAAGAUUCGAUUCGACGACGGGCCACGGCGCGGCUGACAACACCAAUGCUGCCAUUCACAAUGAACACAACAUGUCCGUCCGCCAGAGCUUACGGUUCUGGUGGAAGGCGAUCGUGUUCUCUUUCCUGAUCUCCCUCGCCGUUGUCAUGGAGGGUUACGACACAUCGUUGAUGAACAAGUUCUUCGCCUUCGAACCAUUCAAGAACAGGUUCGGCGAUCAGGAGAGUCCUGAGGGCGGCAGGAUCGUCUCAUCCAGAUGGCAGACCAUCAUCCUGAACGGCACUCAGGUUGGCUGUAUCCUCGGUCUGAUCAUCAAUGGCUACAUCACCGAAUGGAUUGGGUACAAGAAGACCAUGGUCGCUAGCAUGAUUGUCAUGAUUGGCGCCAUCUUUAUUCCCUUCUUCUCAACCAGCCUUGAGAUGUUCCUCAUCGGUGGUAUCAUCCAAGGCCUACCUUGGGGUGUCUUCCAGACACUCGCGAUCUCUUACGCGGCCGAUCUCUGCCCUACACACCUCCGAGGAUACAUGACCUCGUGGAUCAACAUGUGCUGGGUCAUCGGUGGUCUUUUUUCUACCGGUGUCCUUACUGGGCUCAUGAAGAAUACUACUGAGUGGGGUUACAGGCUUCCGUUUGCUCUGCAAUGGAUCUGGCCUAUCCCCAUCAUCCUCGCUACUCUGCUAGCGCCCGAGAGUCCGUGGUGGUUGAUUCGUCAAGGCCGCGUCGAUGAGGCUCGUGCCGCCAUCAGCAAGCUCACCGCUCCUCAGGAGGGUGUCGAGUUCGACUUGGAUGCUCACGUUGAAAUGAUGGUCGUCACUGAUCGAUUUGAGAGAGAGGUAUCUGCUGGCACCAACUACUGGCAUCUCUUCCGUGGCAGCGACCUCCACCGAACUGAGGUCUCCGCUAUGGCAUUCAUUACUCAGGCGCUCUGCGGUGUUCCCUUUAUGGGCUUCGGUACUCAGUUUUUGCAGGGUGUCGGAUUGAGUCAAGAUGACUCUUUCCAUUUGACCAUUGGUCAAGACUGUCUGGGUCUGGUAGGCUGCAUCAUCGCCUGGUGGAUUAUGACCAAGUUCGGGCGCCGUAAGAUGUACUUGACUGGUCUGUCAGCCAUCUCUCUCAUCCUGCUCAUUGUCGGAUUCAUCGGUCUCGCUCCGAAAACCAACAAGUCAGCGAGCCUCGCUGGAGGUAUUCUAAUCAUCCUCAUGAUCUUCUGCUUUCAGCUUUCUAUCGGUCCCAUCUGCUACACUCUGGCCGCCGAGAUCCCCAGCUCUCGCCUUCGUAUCAAGACGGUCGCGCUCUCGCGCGCCAGCUACAACAGCAUUGUGUUCGUCACCAACACGAUCAUGCCGAAGAUGGUUGGUGUGAAUGACUGGAAUUGGGGCGCCAAGGGCGGCUUCUUUUGGGCGGGCAUUGCGGUGCUAUUCAUCAUCUGGGGUUUCUUCCGUCUCCCAGAAACCAGGGGCCUCACAUACUCAGAGCUGGAUCUGCUGUUCGAGCACAGGGUGUCGUCGCGCAAGUUCACUCGCGAGAAUGCUGAGGCACUGAAGCCUGCGCUCAUGGAUGUUGCUUUCCAGCACGAGAAGCAGGCUGGUGUCGAGCGCGUCGAGUCGCACACUUAAUGGACACAAGAUUUGGCUCAGAUAGUAGGUGUACGUAAAUACUGGGAAUCUCUACAUCAAAUACGAGAAGU